GAUGUCUUGACUUGCUGAGUCACAAGACAGAAAGAAGCACAGGGAAGAGUUUAUUGCAGGCUCUAUACAGUGUUGAUCUUGGGGUCUGUGUCUAAACAAUAGUCUUUAAAAGAAGAAAAGCUGCCUGGAUAGACUGAGAAAUGGACCCAUCCCUGGCCAUUUUUGCACUGGCAUUCUCCUCGGCCACCCUCGCUUUGGACAAUGGUCUGAUGAGGACUCCUCCUAUGGGCUGGUUGGCUUGGGAACGCUUCCGCUGUGACAUUGACUGCACACAUGACCCCAGCAACUGCAUCAGUGAAUGGCUGUUUAGGGACAUGGCCGACAGACUGGCGGAGGAUGGGUGGAGGGAGCUGGGAUACGUCUACAUCAACAUCGAUGACUGCUGGUCCUCCAUGGACCGUGACAAACAGGGGCGGCUACAGUCUGACGCACACAGGUUUCCUGGUGGAAUCCCAAAACUGGCACGUUACAUUCACGACCGUGGCCUGAAGCUGGGUAUCUAUGGUGAUCUGGGCACGCACACCUGUGGUGGCUACCCGGGGACCACGCUGGACACGGUCACCAUAGAUGCCCAGACCUUUGCUGACUGGGGCGUGGACAUGCUGAAGCUGGACGGCUGUUAUUCCAAUGGAACGGUGCAAGAGGAGGGGUAUCCUCUCAUGGCAAAGGCUCUGAAUGCGACUGGUCGUCCUAUUGCCUACUCCUGCAGCUGGCCUGCUUACCAGGGCGGACUCCCUCCCAAGGUGAACUACACACAGUUGGGAGAGAUCUGUAACUUGUGGCGUAACUAUGGCGAUAUUCAAGAUUCAUGGGACAGUGUGCUCAGCAUAGUAGACUGGUUCUCCACCAAUCAGGAUGUGCUCCAACCUGCUGCUGGUCCUGGGCAAUGGAACGACCCAGACAUGUUGAUUAUCGGGAACUUUGGUCUCAGUCUGGAGCAGUCACGUUCUCAGAUGGCUCUCUGGGCAAUCAUGGCGGCGCCGCUUUUCAUGUCCAAUGACCUGCGAGCCCUGAGCAAUGAGGCCCGGGCCAUUCUACAGAACAAAGUCCUCAUCGGGAUCAACCAGGACCCCUUGGGUAUCCAAGGCAAACGCCUGCUGAAGGAGAAAAGUCGUAUUGAGGUGUUCUGGAGGCCUCUGUCUGACUCAGCCAGUGCGCUGGUAUUCUUCAGCCGUCGGACUGACAUGCCAUAUCGCUACAAGAAUGCUCUCAGCCAGCUGGGAUACAAAGAUGGCAACUAUAAGGUGUAUGAUGUGUUCACUGGAAAGACUAUACCUGUACUGACCCAUGAUGCAUAUUUCACAGUCUCCAUCAACCCUUCCGGAGUGGUGAUGUGGUUACUGUCUCCCAUAGUGCACUCGGGUCAGGCACACGAAAGAGAAAAUCUGAGUUUGUUGCACAACCACAUUGAGUAAAGUGUGGUGCAAUCUGAUCUUGAGUAAGACUCAAAAGAACUCUUGCUAAGAUAAAAGUAAGUUUAAUAAAACUACAACACUCUCAUUAGACAGGAAUACAUAAACCACCAUAAAGUCAUAAAAAGACUGUAUUUCAUGAUACUCGAAACA